AUGCGAAUUCUCAUAUGCACGGAAAAUUGGUUGCCCAAAGUAGAUGGCGUUACUCGCACAUUAGCCCGAUUACUCGAGCAUUUGCAUGCCACUGGACAUGAGGUGCUGCUGUUGGGGCCUGAAAGCGGGAUGGAAUCCUAUGCCGGAGCGGAAAUCAUUGGCACCGCUGGUUUGCCCUUCUUUCCCUACCCGGAACUCAGAUUAAAUCUGUGGCGACCCCACUUUACGAAAAAGUUGCUCGAAUUCAGACCGCACGUCAUUCAUCUCGUGGAUCCAGUCUGGCUCGGAGCCGCCGCACUGGCCAUCUGUCGAUGGUAUGCGAUUAAAGCGCCUAUCGUGGCUUCGUAUCAUACCAAUUUAGCUACUUAUUGCGGCCAUUUCGGAUGGGGGAUUUUCAGUCCAUUGAUGUGGCAGUGGAACAAGUUUUGCCACUCCAAAUGUGCCUACACCGUUUGUCCUUCCAAAUCAACUUCGCACAUUUUAAUCCAACACGGAUUCCGCAAUGUCCGCAUUUGGCCACGUGGCGUCGAUACUUCGCUCUUUUCACCUACCCAACGUUCCGAACAAUUGCGUGCUCACUGGCUGGGAACGUCCGAAACCAAGUCGGCGCACAAGUCGAUCAUUCUGUACGUGGGUCGAGUCUCGUUUGAAAAAAACCUGGGACUCGUGGUGGACGCCUACAAAACAAUGGAUCACCACGCAUGUCAUCUUGUCAUUGUCGGUCACGGGCCUGCUUUUGACGAACUCCAACUUCAGUGCGCACGCAACCAUAUACCCGUCACUUUUACCGGAUAUUUACAAGGCAAAUCUCUAGCCGCCGCAUUUGCUUCCGCGGACGUUUUUGCAUUUCCCUCCGUGACGGAAACAUUUGGCCAAGUGGUGCUGGAAGCCAUGGCCUCAGGGCUCCCCGUGGUCGGACUUGAUGCCGAAGGGGUGUGCGAUCUCGUGGAUCACAACAGCACCGGUCUGCUACUGAAUACUUCGGGAUUAUCAUCACAAGAACAAUGCACGCACUACAAAAAUCAUCUGAUGACCCUUGUACGCGACACCGCGCUAUGCAAGACCAUGGCUCAACGAGCCGUUGCCAAAGCCAAGGAAUACAGCUGGUUUGAAGCCAUGGAACUGCUGGUCAACACGUAUAUAGAUGCUGUCAACAAUCAGCCACUGGAUUCAGCUAGUAUACCGGCUACUUCAACCCAAAAAUCAAUGGAUGUUGAUCUUCUAUUGUACGAAAGUGGCAUCGAGGAGUCUGGAAACAUAGAUAUUGAUCACUGGAACCUUGCUGAGCGAGGUUCUCAUCCACAUCAUUUUCACGUAUAA